AUGCCAUUCCGGUCAAGAAGGAAACUCGCAGUGGCAGCAGCACUGAUACCGCUGGCGAGCGCACAGUUGGCCAACACUUUCGUCUACGUCGGUGACGCCGGCGUCAGCGCACAACAGCUGUUCCUCGGCGCACCACAUAAGCUCUACUUUGUCGACAAGACGGAGAAUAACCCACUUAAGAUCAAAGGGCACCCGGCCUGGGCGUCCGAGGUCGAUACGCGCACAUGGACCGCUCGGCCGAUGGACAUUGCCACGAACGCGUUCUGUGCCGGUGGAACGGUGCUUGGCGAUGGCACAUGGCUCAACGUUGGUGGCAACCAGGCCGUCGUGGCUGGCGGAGUUGGCGCGAGUGACGGCCAGGGAGCAGCACCCGACGCUCAGAAGGGUGACAACAUGUACGGCAACGCAGACGGACGCAAGGCGGUGCGCACACUCUUGCCCACGGACGACGGGACGGCCGAGUGGAUAGACGACCCGGAUAACUACCUGCCGCAUGAGCGAUGGUACCCAACCCUCGAGACGCUCGAAGACGGGCGCGCGAUCAUCUUCGGCGGCUGCCAGAACGGCGGGUAUGUCAACGACGCCAACCAGGACAACCCGACAUACGAGUUCUUCCCCAAGGACAAUUCUGGCUUGACGACGCUUGGAAUCCUCCAACAAACCCUGCCAGUCAACUUGUACCCUCUCGUGUGGCUAUUGCCAUCGGGCAACAUCUUCAUCCAGAGCGGCUGGCAGGCCGUCGUAUUCGACUAUAAGAACAAGGCCGAAUACCCGCUCGCCAACAUCCCCGACGCUGUGCGCGUUUACCCCGCGAGCGCGGCCACCACAGUGCUCCCAAUGACACCCGCCAACAACUGGACCGCUUCCAUUCUCUUCUGCGGCGGCACCAACCUCCAGAACACUGACUGGGACCCAACAAACCGCAACAUUGUUCAGGUGCCAACCGAGCGAUCGUGUGUCAAAAUCCAGCCCGACGUCGACUCUACUUGGUACCAGGAGGACGCUCUUGACGAGGGCCGCUCCAUGGGCCAGUUCAUCAACUUGCCUGAUGGCCGUCUCUUCUUCGUCAAUGGCUGUGGGCAGGGCACAGCAGGCUACGGGAACCAGUCCUGGGCCAUCGGCCAGUCAUACGGCGACGUACCACGCCUCACGGCCUACUACUUUGACGCAUCCCAGGACCGUGGCAAGCGUUGGUCGACCGCCGGCUCUUCUACCACUGCCCGCAUGUACCACUCGUCUGCGGUCCUCCUCCCCGACGGCUCAGUUGUUGUGUCAGGCUCAAACCCCAACGCCGACUUUGUCUCUGCCGAAAACCCGCCCACGACCCCGAACAACAACUACAAGUACUUUAGCGAGACGUCGAUCGAGGUCUUCUACCCGGACUACUGGGACAAGCCGCGCCCGGCGCCCGCAAACAUGCCGAGUACUAUCACCUACGGCGGUGACAGCUUCGACAUCGAGCUCAGCAAGGCUGACCUGGCGGACACCACGGCCAACAUUGCCCGCACCAAGGCGGUCAUCAUCCGCACCGGUUUCUCUACCCACGCACUCAACAUGGGCCAGCGGCACGUCGAGCUCCAGGUCAGCUUCAGCACCAACGAGCUCGGCGGCGCGACUCUGCACGUGGCCCAGCUCCCGCCCAACCCGGCCAUCCUUGCGCCUGGCCCUGCCAUGUUCUUCGUCGUCGUCAACGGGGUCCCCUCCAACGCCUCGUGGGUCAUGAUCGGCGACGGCAAGGUCGGGCAGCAGAACAUUGGCGCGACGAGCCAGCUCCCAGUUCCGACAUGGAGCCAGGAAGUUGCGGACCAGGCGACGCAGCUCAAGAUCAAGUUUUAG